UAUAUAUAUAUAUAUGGAUCUAACUAUGUAAUAUAGUUUUAGUUAGAAAUUGAAUUAGAAUAGUGUGUAUACAUCUAUUAAUCAUCUUAUUUAAAAAAAAAGACUUCAAACAAAUUAUUUAAAAUUAAAAACUUUUUAUUUAAAAAAAGACAUAUUAAUAUAUUUAUAUUCGUGUAUUCAGUUGAUACGAAGUGUUUAAUAUAAGAAAUAAGCAUGGAUAAUUUUAUUUAUAUUCGUCGUUAUAAAGAAGAAGAUGAACCUUAUUGCAAGGAACUAACUAAAAGUUCUCUUAUGGCUUUAUUGAAUCCGAUAUACUCUAAUCUUAUGAUUACAAGUUUUCGUUUUCAAAUUCUUCUUGCAUUGUUUGCUAGCAAGUUAUACUGGUCUGAUAUUCAUUUUCCUUAUUACUUAAUGUAUCCGCUUAUUAUUGCAUUUGCGGUUUAUAUUAUUCUAUAUCUGCUAUUCUGGAAAAUAGUUCAAGAUUUCCAAAAAGAAAUAUUUGAUGCUACACGGAAUUGCAACGUAAAUGGUGACAAAUGUUUUUGGGUAGCUGAAGCAUAUCACUAUCGUUCAAUAAAGUGCUUUCGACCAUAUUUGCAUUAUACAUGGUUAACCGAAACAGAAUUACAAAAAUCUAAUAUUAAUAUAUCCGAUUAUGAUAAGAAAGUAGUAGGUUUUAUUGGAGUGGACAAAAAUGUUAGAUUAAGAAAUUGUGCUUUGUUAAAUAAAUUCCUUGUUCAUAAUGAUUAUACGCGGAAAGGCAUAGGAACUCAACUCAUAAAAACUGUUGUUCUAUUUUGCGAUGAAAAAAAAUAUACACGCGUAAAUUUGCAAUUUUUCGAUUUUUUGACAUACGCUAUAAAUUUGAGUAAAAAAUUGGGCUUUAAAUACUACGACUCACAGCCAAAAUCUUUUCUUCCAAUGUUAAGAAAAGUAAAAAUAUAUGAGUACUCAUACCUAACAAAUUUUGCUAAAUCUACACUCCAUAUUAAAACACAUUCACAAAGUCAAACAGAAACACGAACACCCGAAUAAAAAAGACUUGAUUUUAAGCACUAAAAAUUACACAAAAUUUACAUUUUUCAUUUAUAAAUAUUUCACUCUUGUGUAUACGAAUAUAAACAAUAUUUUUAAUUUAAUCUAGUAAUUUACAGUAUUUAUUUAGGAAUUUUUUAACUUAUAAUGUUAAUUUCCGUGUUUUGUUAUUUAUACUUUUAUAUAUUCACAUUUUAUUUAUUUGCCUAACAUUUAUAUUUGACUUAACUUGAAUAAUCAAAAAUAAUUUAUAAUUGGAAAAUAAAAUUAUAACAUAUUUCAAAAAUAAUUAUUUACCCAUAAUAUAUAUUCAUCGAUAUGUAAACAUGGAUUUAGUCGUCUUAUUUAACCUAAGAAAACUGCAUUAAUUAUUAUUAUUAUGUUAAAAAUGCAUAGUGAUAAAUUUUAUUAUUCAUUAAUAGUACUAUUAAAAUUUAAUAUACAUAACGUAACAAUUGUCAUUUCAUAUUUUUAAAUUAUGAUAUAUUUCAUAGUUCCUGUUAUUUCUUCUGUAAUGUAAUUUCAUAAUAAAUUAUACUUUGUUUACUUUAAUCUAUCUUAAAUAUUUACCAAAUAUUCUUGUUCUGUUAGUAGGAAAACAAUUGAUUAGAUAAAUUUAAGUAAAAUUCAGUAAUAUUGUUCACUUAUUAGCUUAAGAAAAUCACGUUGGAAGAUUCAGAAAUUUAUCCACCGUUUUAAGGAUAUUAGAAAAUUAAAAACCCGAUGUAUGCUAUUAAUAAGCCUGCGGAAGUGUAAAUUAAUUAAACGUCAAAUAAUACGAAAAAGUUUAUAUACAUGAUUUCGUAAGUACGCAUUAGAAAAAUAUAAUUUCAGAAUCCCGCGCUUCUAUUCGCACAGAAUACGUUGUGUAAAGGCUUAGCGAAGAUAAAAAAGACGAUUGUUUAAUUGCUGAAUAGAUUAAUGUGUCGCGAACAAUUAAAAUUCAUUAUAUUAUAAAAUUGAUUAUCUGAAAAAUAUUUCAUUUUGUCCUAGUAGAUUGGAUUAUUCGCAUCGUUAUCACUAUCGGGAAGAUUUUCAGAAAGCCGAAAAGACAAAUUUCUUAAAUUUAUGUGCUCAUGAUUCUUAAGCGAAACAUCAUUUGUAAAUUCUGCUAUUUUUCAGUUAAAUUAAUAUAUCAAAAUAAACGGAAAUUAUUUUGAAGAUUUAGCGUAGAAAAAUUAAAGAAAAAAGCCUUAUAAGCUGAAUUUUAUUUAUUUCACAUUUCGAGAUUCAAUGUUAUUUCGAGAUCGUAUUGUGUUAAACGAUCCUAGUAAUUUAGAAUUUACUCGACUACAAUUAUGCAUAAGAAACAAAAAUUUAAUUCUAUUAAAUAAGAUGUUAGUAACUGUAAAAACACCGAAAAAUUGAUAUUUCAAAGAAUGAGAUUUCGAUAACAAUAUGCGUCCUUUGAAACUAUUCAAUUCUGUUACUAUAAGAAUCGGUAAAUUUAACACAACUAUUCAGGUUUCCUGCUUCUUUUAACGCACACUGUGUAGAAUAAGAAGCCUAACUGAUUCGAUAGCAAUUAUUUUCCAGAUAUAUACUUUUUUUCUGACGAUAAAAGCAUAUGAUAUUGAAAAUAAAUGUUACUGACUUGUUUUCUACGAUUCCUUAAACAAGAAACAUCUUAAAUGUUUUUUGACACUUAAUGUCAUUUU